GAAAGGAAACGCUCUGGUGCGGUGUAACGGGAAAAAAACAACAGCGACGCAGCCAUGUCCGGUGAAGGAUGAAAAAGUUUCCGCCGUCAUUCAACGUUCAGCCUUGAAGGAAACCGCAAGCUAAAGCGAAUCGGAGUUUCACAUCUCUGCAACACGUUGGGCAUCAGCAAACUAGUCGUGUGGGGUUUUUUUUACACUGUCCAUGCGUAUAUUAAUAUUAUGAAUUAGUCCGACUACCCACCAGCUUGUUAACGAGGAGUUAGUGGUUUAAAAACAACGUUUAAACAGGUGUUGGGACUAUUUCUUUAAUGGACGCUUCAACCGUCUUGGGCGUGUCAGUGCGCAGCUCUCCUCUGCUUUGUUUCUUCGGUCUGUGCCAUCCAUCUCAUCAUGGACAGCCUGCUGAGCGGGGCCAGUAAAGGGGCCAGUGCCCUUCAGUUAGUAAAGACCUCAUCGCGUCAUAGAAGCCACUCGCUGCCUUUACCCCUGUACGACUGACUGUUACAGAAACAAUAAAGCUUAAAUUCCUCUUAGACUCAAACAAAGGAGCCAUGCAUCCGCUGCUGUCCCUCGGUGUCUUUUGGCUGCUGCCCCUGGCCUUGACACUGGGAGAAGACUCACCAUUGGACUGUAUCCCACGCAGAACUGUGCUCUAUAAUAGGGAUAAUGCUCACCUGUUUCAUGAGGAGGGUGUGUUCAACUACUCGACCAUGCUGCUGAGAGAGGACCUGGGUCUGCUAAUGCUGGGUGCCAGGGAGGCAGUGUAUGCUCUGGACCUUAACAAUGUCUCCAAGAAACUUGCUUCGGUGAAAUGGGAAGUGACAGACAAACAAAAAACCGACUGUAAAAACAAAGGGAAAGAUCUUGAGACGGAGUGUAAAAACUAUAUCAGAACCCUGCAUAAGAUGGAUGAUAACAGGAUGUAUGUUUGUGGAACCAAUGCUUUUGAUCCAGAGUGUGACUACAUGUCAUACGUGGAUGGAAUCCUGACUCUGGAGAAAAAAAUAGAGGAUGGGAAAGGGAAGUGUCCAUUUGAUCCUUUCCAGAGAUAUGCCUCUAUCGUGGUUGAUGACAGCCUGUACUCAGCCACGUCAAUGAAUUUCCUGGGCUCUGAACCCGUCCUGAUGCGCAACUCUGAUACCUCCAUACGCACUGAGUUCAAAAGUUCCUGGCUCAAUGAGCCCAACUUUGUUUCCAUGGCUCAGAUGCCGGAGAGUGAGAAAAGUUAUCAGGGAGAUGAUGACAAGGUUUACCUGUUCUUCAGUGAGACAGCUGUGGAGUGCGACUGUUACAACAAACUGGUGGUCUCCCGUGUGGCCCGUGUCUGCAAGGGAGACGUGGGAGGUCUGAGGACUUUACAGAAGAAAUGGACAUCCUUCCUGAAGGCCAGGAUGGACUGCCCAGUGCUGGAGUCCCAGCUUCCCUACAUUAUCCAAGACUCUUACCGCUGGUGUGACCUCCAGCAGCCCUGGAAGGACUGUUUGUUCUUUGCCAUCUUCACACCACAGUCGGACACAUCAGGCCUGUCGGCAGUGUGUGUGUACCGCGUGUCUGACAUCAGCAGAGUGUUUGCAGAGGGCAAGUAUAAGUCUCCAGUCACCGUAGAAACCUCUUUUGUUAAGUGGGUCAUGUAUAGCGGAGAAGUCCCCGUCCCUCGGCCCGGAGCUUGUAUAGACAAUGCAGCUCGUAAAGAGGGCAUAAAAGUGUCUCUGGAUCUCCCAGACCGGACCCUUCAAUUUAUCAAAGAUAAGCCCCUCAUGGACCAUGUCAUCCAGCCAAUAGGCGAGAAGCCUCUACUAGUGCGAAAGGGGGCUACAUUUACAUGCAUCAUAGUCAACCAAGCGCAGGCGGCAGAUGGAAACAAGUACCACGUGAUGUUCGUAGGCACAGAGGAAGGCACCAUUCUGAAAGCUGUGAACUAUGAUGGAGAAAUGUUCAUCAUAGAAGAAGUACAACUCUUCAAGCCCCCAGAGCCAAUCAAGAUUCUGAAAUUUUCCAACGUCACGGGUCAGCUAUAUGCAGGCUCAGACUACGGUGCAGUGCAGAUACCACUAGCCACCUGUGGGAGAUCCCUUUCCUGUAUGGACUGUGUUUUAGCCAGGGACCCAUACUGUGGCUGGGACAAAGUUGCUGGAAAAUGUGUCGCCCUUUCUGAUGCACAAAGUGAACUAAUCCAAAGUGUGAAAGAUGGAAAUGCCACUCUCUGCCCAGGAGCUGACCCUGUGAAACCUGUGAAUCAGAUCAUCUGGCCAGGUGGCAACCUGAAGCUCCAUUGCCCUUCGCCCUCCAACUUGGCAAAUAUCAUGUGGCAGCAGGACGACCGCUCUCUCAGCUUUUCACCUCUCAUUCUGCAUCAACCGGAUGGACUGCUCAUCCUCAACGCAUCAUACUCCAAUGCUGGUCGGUAUCGGUGCGUGUCUGUGGAACGCUCCAAAGUCGCUGAGUACACAACCACCAUUGCAGAGUACCAGGUCAACGUAGACCCAGAUGCUGGCAAGGAUGGACACAGAUUUGGUCCCCAGCCUCAGAGGGGUGGCCCCUCUGUGGCUGGACUGCAGGCUGUAGUCGGGCUGCUAGUGGUUUCUAUUCUUGCCCUUUUGGCCUGGAACUUUUACAAAGGCCACCUACCUCUGCCCUGGGAAUGCAGAAACAAGAAUAGAGAGCAAUCCCAGCAGUCCCAUGAGCAGGGGGAUCUCAACGCCACUGUGACCAAGGGGCCUGCAUUAGCAGAAGACAAACCACUGGUGUCUGGAGCAGACAACGGCAGCCGUAAUAACAACCACACUGAUGGAGAGGUGGGAUUCAGUGCCGCAGAGGGGGAGAACGCCCCAGAAGUUUCCCUUCCAUCUCUGCAGUUUAUAGAUGAUGAGUCAGAAAUUUGAAAAUGACCAGUACAUUAUAAUCCUCACAGCGAGAAUCUCCCAAACUGUUUGUUUCCAGGCAGAUGGACUGGAUUAAUCAAUUCUAGUGAAAUUGAAAUCUCAAUUUAUGGGGCAUUCACUAAGAGUAUAAAAAUAUUCAAAGUGGUUCGGAGUUUGUUUUGAGAGACUAUAAAUUGUUGAGACUGAAUACACCAAAACAUCGUAUAAUUAGUUUUGUUUUAUAACAGAUGGAGAGACUCUUGAAUUCCUGCUUUACAUUUACAUGUCUUUUCUAUUACAAUUGUAGGUGCAUUUUGUAAAAUGUGUUUUAAUGAAAAAUAUUUGCUACUAAAUUUAGAUUUAUAUUUUACAGACUGGUAUGAUAUUCACAGGGAAUGUAAUUUAAAAUUGAGCCAUUUAAUCUCUAACCACUAGCAGCAAAGAUUUUAGUUUUAUAGUAUUAAACCUUUUCUACCUGUUCCUUGUGUUGUUCAAAUGUAUCCAAAUACAGCAGCCAGGAUUUACUAGUUUUCAGCAAGACCAGACUUGCCAAGAAUGUGAAACACAGUGUGAAUGUUACCAGCUGUUAUGAAUAAUCUUUGAGCUGAUGUGUAUGAUGGAUCAGUUUUUGAAGUUGAAGUCUCUUUUUUAAGUCAGCACUUUUCACAGAGAAAUCGUUCGCCAGGUUUGAAACUCCUCCAUUUGAAAACUGUUUUUAUUCAUGGCAGCCUCUUUAUGUUCCAACACUUUGGUCCAGACCAAAUAUCUUGACAACUGCUGGAUAGAUUACUGUGAAAUUUGGUACAUACAUUUGUGGUCCCUAGGUUAUGAAUUGUAAUAACUUCAAACUCCUGACUUUGUAUUUAGUGCCAUCAUCUGUUCACAAUGUUAGAUUUAUGACCAAAUACCUGCAAAACUCAUGACUUUGCCAUCAGCCUCUCAUGUACUUGUUUUGGUGCUCAUUAGCAAAUGUUUGCAUGCUAACAUGCUAAAUUAACACAGUGAACAUAGUAAACAUUACUUUCUACACUUUUACUUUGUUGUUAAUAAAUUGUGUGCCCAAAACACACUUCAGCAUAUGGUACAAAGGAGAAAAAAAUCUUUAAUGUGUAAU